GACCUAGAUAGGAUGCUGCCCACAAAAAUCCGCCUUCUCUGCUUAUCACAUUACAACAAAAUGUAAGAGCGACAAAGAGAGGCGAUUCCAAAAACCUGUUUUCUAACCUUCAACAUUCGUUAAGUAAACACAAUUUGUUUUUUCUUCAGUAUUACGAAUCUAACCGAGAGGUGAGGCGAUUUGGGUUAACGCGAUCGAGGAGAGCUCACAAAAAUAAACAUAGUAACCGUAUCUAUAGGCGUUUCUCUUUGUGACAUUUAGUUCGAGAGAGAGAAGUAAAGUCUAACAACAGUUGAACGUUAAUAUUUUGAUUGUAAAGUUUGAUCCGCGCGUUUUGCUUUUACACUUAAAAAUAUGGGUUGUGCCACGGGAAUUGUGAAAUAUUUAGUGUUUAUAGCCAAUUUAUUGUUUGCCCUUGCAGGAUUGGCCUUAGUAAUAAUUGGAAUUUUGAUAAAGUUCAAUGUAAGCGAUGCCACACGAGUCCUCCCAUCAGAUUUUGGUCUGGCUCCAAUCCUUUGUAUCAUCAUCGGCGCCAUCGUCUUCAUAACUGCAUUCUUAGGAUGUUGCGGUGCGGUCCGAGAAAGUACUUGCAUGUUGACAACGUAUGCAAUCAUACUUCUGACCAUCUUCAUCGUACAAGUAGCCAUCGGAGUAUACGCUUUCCUUCAAAUAAAAGACCAAAACUCCUUCUAUUCAGCAUUGAAGACUAACAUGGAAAAAACUUUCGAUCAAAUGGAUAGAAACCCAGAAGCCAACGAAACAAUGCAUGUCAUUGAAAGAGUUUUGAAGUGCUGCGGUGUUACUGGGCCAGAAGAUUACCAGACUCCGAAAGUACCACUCUCUUGUUGCAGAAACAUCGAGGUUCAAUGUCCAAGUCCCAACAACGAUGUCAACAGCGAUGGUUGCGCUAUAAAAUUGCAAGGUGAAAUCGAAAAGAAUUCUAAAAUUAUUGGAGGUGUAGCAAUUGGUAUUGCUGUCAUAGAGGUUUUGGGAGCAAUCGUCGCUCUGUGUCUGGCUAGUUCGAUCAGGAACAGUUACAGAAGACAUACAUACGCCUAAAACAAAUGAAAAAUUUUAUUUAUUUGUUAUCGAUUUUUUUUUUCUUCUCAGUUUAAAAGUUUUUCCGUUGAUUUGAGAUUUUUACUCUUUUUGUACCUUUAUUACUAAGAAUAUGUACACACGAUGAGAAUUUUUUUCUUCAGGUGCACUUUUUUUCACUUUUUAAACAUCUUAUUUGUACGGGGAAUAAUGUUGAAAGUAUUUUUGAAUCUCCAACUAUGUAAAUUAUUUCCCUGUUUUAGAUUAAGAUAAAUUUUGAUACGACGACUGAUUAUAAAUCUGAUCAAAAUUAUUUAGAUCACUUUUGUCAUUUUCAAAAGCACUUUUUCAAAUUUAACUAUCAAUUUGUGAUAACUGACGUUUUUUAUUAAGAGCUGGCUGCCGAUUUGUCUCUCUUUAAGGAUAAAGAUAAAAUUCCUUCUUCAAUAUUUUGUUCACUUUAGUUUUUGGAAGCUCCGAAGCAGCCAUUUUCAUUCGUCCUGCUGGGUCCCGGUCCUGGGUAGUUUUUUGCUGAACUCGUAGCUCGGAACCUUUGCACCCAUGAACGAAUCAAAUCUUCACUUGGGGCGUCACGUAACCGUCGAAUAUUGUAACGUUAACAAAAUCUUCGACGAGCAAUCAUUGGCUUUGAAAUAUCCAAAAUGGACUCACAUGAAUACAAUGUUUAAAUUAUCCUAUUAGACCUUGUUCAUUGGAAUAUCGAUAAGUUUGUAGUGAACUCCAUUACUUUUGACAAUCAUCGUUCAUCGACAUUUUGUAGAGUUCGCGCCGUGCGUGAACGACCAGGCGACUUUUGUUUCAUAAGGUAUCCAGUUGUGCGAAAAGCGGCAACCCACCGAAGUAUUAUGGGGAAAAGCCUUUGAAUAGUAAUAACAGAUUCAUUAGUUUUGAAAAAAACGCGAUGCGCCACGGUCCUCUGCGCUAUUGCUACUAAAACUGGAUGCCUUAACCUACAAAACAACCAGCCCCUCCUGUCCUCGCACUCCCAGUACUCAAUUCAAAUUCAUGCGUUCUUUUGCGCCACCCUAUAUAAGUUUUUUUUUUCAAAAAACACAUUUUUUAGUCAGUGUAGAACUAUAUUGUUGUUGUAUGAGGCUUGUAUAUCUUCCAAAUUUAUUAAGAAACUAAACAAAUUAAAAUGAUUAAUUAACUCCCUGCUUCACAUGGAAAGGGAAAAAAGGGGAUAAAAAUGGAGGUGGGGGUGUAAUGUAUCCCAUCGAAAUAGAGCCGCUACUAGGAAUUUCAUUAAACCAUUUGAGAAGCUGUUCUUCCAUUUUAGGAUUCAUACUUUACAAAAUAAACAUCAGCAUCUCAUUGUGGACGCUGAACUGAGAGACGCUACAUGGUGCCCAUGGCUAACACUGGAAUUUUUGGAAGAAAUAUUUAGGAUAAUCAUAAAAUGUUUAAUUUUUUCAACGCUAUCGCUCCGGAUCAAAUGCAAAGUUGUGGCCUAGUCGUAGCUACUCGACUGUUCUUUUCCACGCAUCAACCUUUGUACAAUUACCGUCUGAGAUGAAAAAUCUGCAACCAGCUCUCUAGUACCUAUAGUUACAAAGGAUUAACUAAAAACAUAUUCUAACUAGAUUUUAAGACAACACGGUGGCAAAUUAGUGAACUUACAAUGUAAAAUUUUGGAGGAACGUUGCCAAAUCUCCGUUUAUGACUUAAAUUUUUUAGUUUAUUCAAGAUUUUUUUGAAACAAUAUGAGACAAUAAAAAUGACGUCGUGUUCCUCUUUUCACUUUGUAAGAUUGUAGUUUGAGCUCCAGUAUUGAUUUAUAUGACAAAAUAUAGUUUGUUGAAUGUAAAAUAUUUUAUCUGAGUCUAUUUUGUAUAAUAUUAACAUUUCAUAAUAAAUAAUAUUACAUCAGGAAAA